GGAGGCGAAGCGGAUCCAGCCUUCUCUGAUUGACUGGCGGUGCGGUCACCGCGGCUUCGCUCCGCCCAGGUCUGGCUAACGGGGGGCCCCCCCAACCCCGGCACGCUGGGGGUCGUAGUUUACGGCGCUGCAGGCCACUCGCGUACCGCAGCCGGCCGACAUCGCCGCCCUGUGUUCGAGGCUGCUGGUUCCCGUGGGGCAACGCUGCGCAGCAGGUCCUGGUACUGCUCACCUCUCCUGGUUACCCUGCUAUCUUUGCCAUCUUUGCUGAGUUCUUGGCUAGACAGUUAUAUUUCUGUGGCAGCCUGAGAAGAUGCUGCCUUUGGAGAGGGUGUUAGCCUCCCCUAGAAGCUCCCCACCCCAAGCAGAACCAUCUACUGUGAGAUCAGAAGAUAUAGCCCAGCAGGAAGAACCCAGCCAGCAGCAGGAAUGCAGGAGGCAGCAUGAACUCAUCCAGGAAGAAGAACCCACCCAGCUGCUGGAACCUAGUCAGAGGGAGGAGCCCAGUCAAGAGAAAGAGUCUAUUCAACUGCAAGAACCCAGCCAGAGGGAGGAGCCUGGCCAGAAGGAUGUACCCAUGCAGCAGGGAGAACCCAUGCAGGAGAAUGAGCCCAGCCAGUGGGAAGAACCCAUGCAGCAGGAUAAACCCGUGCAGAGGGAUGAACCCGUGCAGCGGGAUGAGCCCGUGCAGCGGGAUGAGCCCGUGCAGCGGGAUGAGCCCGUGCAGCGGGAUGAGCCCGUGCAGCGGGAUGAGCCCGUGCAGCGGGAUGAACCCGUGCAGCAGGCUGAACCCGUACAGCAGACAGAGCCUGUUGAGCAGGAUAAACCCAUCCAACAGGAAGAACUCAUCCAGCAGGAGGAGCCAAUUCAACAAGAUAAGUCCAUUCAAAAGGAAGAAUUCAUUCAGCAGGAGGAGCCAAUUCAGCAGGUAGGGUUCAGUGAACAGGAGGAACCCAGCCAGCAGGAAGAGCCUACCCGGAAGGAUCACUCCAACGAACAGGCACAGGCGGAACUCAUCCCACAGGAAGAGCCAAGCCAGCAGGACCACUCCAGCCAGCAGGAACAGCAGAGGGAAACAGAAGCCGUCACUGAGAGAUCUGCUGCCGACCUUGAGUUUUCCCGCCUGCGCUUCCGGGAGUUUGUCUACCAGGAGGCGGCUGGGCCUCACCAGACUUUGGCUAGGCUUCAUGAGCUAUGCCGCCAGUGGCUGAGGCCUGAGGCCUGCUCCAAAGAGCAGAUCCUGGAGAUGCUUGUUCUGGAGCAGUUCCUGGGCAUCCUGCCAGACAGGGUUCGUCCCUGGGUGGUAGCCCAGUAUCCUGAGAAUUGCAAGAAAGCUGCCUCCCUGGUGGAGGGUAUCUCUGACAUCCUGGAGGAGCCAGGAAUGAUGUUCUGUUCUCCGGGUGGGUCGUCAUCCUCAUUCAGCGAGGGAGACUAUGAGAGAUGUCCUGAGCCUCUGCUGCUACCAUGUGGGUUGCUAAGUCCCGACAGAAACUUAAAACCUAGGGACAUCCUGGUACGCCGUGAUGCUUCUCCCCUUCUUCCAUCCUGGCCUACUCUGGAAUCUGUGCAUUUGGAUCGAGCGCACACAGAGGGAGAAAAGUGUGAAGAGGCCACCUCUACCGCAGCUGAGCUGAAGGAGCCUCUACAGUCGGAAUGGGACCACCUGGAUCCCACAGAGGAUAACCUGACGCAUUACAGCAAGCUGCUCCUGUGGGAGUGUCAGCUUUCCCAGGCUGGUCCAUCUUCUGUGCUGGAGGCGGAGGAACCUUGUGUGGUGGAAGAACUGCCAGGGGGCAGCCUCCCAGACAGCACCAGGCACCAGGAAAACAAAGGAAAUGUGUGUGAGGAGGUCUCCUUGGAGGAGACACUGAUGGAGAAUCUUUCAGGGGGUGUUCCUGCUAGCUCUUCAAUAGAUACUGCCCUGGAGGAGGAACAGCAACCUCAGAAGGUUCUGGAUUCUGAGGAUGAGGAUUCAAGCCCUACGAGUCCCCAGAGGCAAUCAGUCAUCCAGCAGUCAGCCCAGGACAAGGAUAGGCCACGUCAAGGCACUGGGACAAAGAGGCCCCAUCCAGAUGAUGAGUAUGAAGAGGACCCUGAGUGUCACAUUUCCAGCACCAGCAGCUACCAGCUGCCAUUUGAUGCAGGGAAGGUGCUUCAUGUGGAUGGUCAUGAUUCUGGGCAGGACCCAGGAACUUCUGCUGGGGGAUGCUCUGCAGCUGCAUCUCAAGGGAAGCCCUACAUAUGCAGUGAAUGUGGGGAGGCCUUUGCAUGGAUCUCGAACCUCAUGGAGCAUCACAAGAGUCAUGGCAGUGAGACGUGCUACAUGAGCCAGGGUUGCUAGGAACCCUUCCAUGUCAGCUUGGUUGUGGUCAAGCACCACAAGAGUCACAUACCAAAAACCAAAACAGAGCCACACCCAGAGCCCUUCUGUCAGAAGCAAAACUUACUGGUGGGAGGAUUGGCAGCUUCAACUGUGUGGGUGGUUUUCCUUAUACAACCUGAGGCGAAGCCAUUCUGCUAUGACUGUCCCAUGACAUGGCAGUUGUAGCAUGAGUGACCUUAAGGCUUAUGUGUGGUAGUGGAUUCUUUUGGUAUUUCUAUAGGCACAUCUGUGUUUGUUUUUUGAAUGCUAACACGCUGAAAACAACUGGAAAGGGGCAGGGCCCUCAUCUUAGAAAUGCACUUUGGUCUGAUGUUGUAUCUUGUAAACCAUCAGAUGUGAGGGAAGACGCCAUUUCUGUAGUAUUUUAAUACCACACAUACUCUGGUCAUUUGACAUUGUACAAAGUGUUGAGUUGCCUUAAAGUAUGUGAUCCAUUGGCACUUUCUUGAGCCCUCCUUGCCUCAGUUGCUUCUCCUUGAGCUACCUGUUCGUUCACACAUAAUUCUUGCCAUCUAUUCUGGCCUUUUUUGUAAGUAUGUGAUGCCGGGUUUACUUCUCAAUCCUUAAGAGCAAAAGCUGUUUCUUAGUUCAAGUCAUGACUUCAUAUGUGGAGUGGCUUACAAAUAUCACAAAAUAUGCGAUUUCAGACUGGGUUUCAGCCCAUUAGUGAAUUGUGAGGUCCAGUCAGUGGAUGGCCACUGGUAUUACAAAACAAUGAAGUGGAAUAAAAGUCAGAAUGCAUCGUGUAGUAAAGGCAAGUAUUGUUUUGUGAAACUUCUCAGCUGAGUAUCUGAGAGCUGGCUACCACAUUAAAUGUAUUUGUUAAGGGGUACAAACAUGGGUUAGAGAACAAUCUGUAUCUGAGCAGAGAGAACCAAUGUGGCCUACAUAGGGGAUCUUGUGGUUUUGCUUUUAACUUCAGAUUACAACAUUGUUUCUAUUGCCUGACUGUAAAUGUAAUUGCCCAGCAGGUACCGAAAGGGUGUUUUUGUUUCUGUCAGUGUUUGAGCAGGCAGUUUGUGUCCCCCCCAAAUCAGAGGCUUACCAUAAUAAAGUAUUUCUUCAUUCAUA